AAAUAGACAAUUUUCAAUGAGUUUUUUUCAGGGCCUUGGAAGGAAAUUUCGAAAUUCAAGAAGUUUUCCAGGAAUUCCAAUAGCAGUGCGAACCCGUUGGGAAUGUUGAAUUGACUUCAAUAAGAUUUAAUUGUGAAGAAGGAAGAAAACAUACCUAACUAGCUGCCGCUGACCAAAUUAUGACUGCGGGCGUCAGCGUUCACAAAAUAACUUAAAAUUGSGCAUGUGCAUGAUAAAGCCCUUAGCAAAACAAUUAUUAAAUCAAAAAUACUGCUWACUUGAUAAAAUCUUUUAAGUUUCUAUCAAAUAAGUCUUUAAAAUUAAAUCUCUGAAAUGACUGAGCAACUACUUUUGAUAAAUAAAUGACGUCAUAGUCGUAAACGAAUUAGGAAGGCGCGUCAAUAAAGAGAAUUGGUUAAUGAGCAAUUAGAACACUUGRGGAGCGCUCUUCGAGUGUUCGGGUUUUCUUGACGGAGGACCUCUAAAGUAUAUUAAUGAAGAGAAUUUAAAACAGAGAUGCCGGCAUUAGCAGAAAAUGUUUUAAUGAUUUUGACAUUUUUCGUAACGUUGAAAACGAUGUUGACCACCUGGUGGGACGCGCGAUCAGGCCCCGCCAACACKCCGCUUCCGCCGCCAUCACCGACAGAAAGCAUCAUCAGAAGAAAUGCGGUCUCUCCAGUUCAACUUGAUAAGUUGAGCAUCAGGUCGUUUGGAGUCGAUCUUCAAGAUCCAAGCCACGAAAAACUUCACGACCGAACCUUUGAAGACCUACAUCGAUGUAGCCCAGCUACUAAAGAUGUACUAGAUCCUUCACUGCUCAAACGAUUAUCAGACAAAGGAGAACCSUUUGCAAAAGACCAGUACCUCACGAACGACAUCUUCGACUUACUCUUUGGUAAGAGUAGGAGAAAUGACAACUUUCAGGUCCACGAUCCUGUAAAAAUUAACGUUGAUGAUWCAAAUGCAGCCCGAGUGUACGCUGUGGGAUGUUCUGGAGAAAAUUCUCGACUUCAACAAGAGAACGACAAAGAUACAAAGCGAGAAUCACUGCCUGUAAAAACAGAUAGUCAAAGUUCUGUCAGUACGACUGCCUCAUGUCACGUGGUAUGGGUGCCGUGGAGAGUAUGGAUCGAACACAUGAGAAAUGCUGAGAUAACAUUUCAUUGGGUCAAUCCAUUUCGAAGGCUAAGAAAGAAAWUAAAGUCUAUGACAAGACCAUCUAACGGAUCAAAAGAUAGCAAGGAAGGCCAAAAUAAAAAUACAACGAAGACGGUAGAAGUAGCCGUUUACCCUCGACCAUCUUCAACUGAUAAAGAACCUACAAACAACUCUGGCACCUAUUCUAAUGGGGCCAAUGCAGGGUGUGUAAGAGCUACUUUAGUUGAAAACUGGUGCAACUGCAUUAGAUACUUCCUACCAUGGCGAUUUCCCUUUAGCAGAAGUCGUGCCAAUAGUUAUACAGCUGACCAACAUGCGGCAGAGGUUCGUAUUGAAGGGCUGACUGAUGUGCAUGGAAGAGACGACAAGACAGCAUCUGAAGUCGAUAGGAAUGGCAAGACACAUUCUGAUAAGGAUGACACUGCCAUAGAAGCUUCUUGCUAUAARGCAUCCAUAAAAAAUGCUUGGAUGAAAGUCACGGAUAAAGACGGUCCAAAAAACACGCCCAACGCAGUAAAUAAAGCCCGUGGAUACGAAUCUGCAGGGACGAAGGACUCAAGUUCAUUGCAAACCAGCAGUGUACCGAGUACAAGUACGACGUCAAAGUCACAAAACAGUGAUGCUUCUCAACUUUUAACCACCAAGGUUGGUAGAAAUAAGAAUGCACAGGAUCAAAGCACAAACCCUCAAAACAGAACCACAGUCUGUACAUUUGUGCGCAGUUUUAAGAAAGCUAAGUUUAGCUGGAAUAAUCCAUUCAAACGAACAGUUCCUGCCGGCAAAGGUGAUAUCGAGCGAACGAGAUCUACAGACGAUCAGGUCGUUCCGGGAAGCCUGGAGAACGGCAGGAGCCAAAACAUCAAAGAAACUCCAGUUAUUGCGUUUAGUAACGUUGUAACGUCUGAAGGCGUUAGAGCUGAAAGCGUGACACAAGAUGCCGGGCAUGACACCCCUGGUACUACCGCUGAUACAGCUGUACCUGCUAAUAACGAGGUUUAUGGAAUUAAGGAUGCGCAGAACACCAUCACAAACCCUCGAAAUAGAACAACAGUGUGUGCAUUUGUGCGCAGUUUUAAGGAUGCUAAVUUUAGCUGGAAUAAUCCAUUCAAACGUACAGUUUCUGCCGGCAAAGAUGUCAUCGAACGAACGGGAUCUACAGCAGACAAGGGGAUUCAGGGAACCCUGGAAAGUGACAGGAGCCAUAGAAUCCCAGAAUCUCCAACGUCAACUAGUACUGUCACUGGUAAUACUCAGGUACCCUCAACAACGCCUGCGCGAAUGUACAAGCCCGCUGGACGACCUGUACCGGCAUGGGGAAUGGAAAUAGACGUUGAGGCGUCUACCAACAACAGAGUUUAUGGAAUAAAGACACUCAACAGCUACACUCCAGCAUCUUUGUUCCUCGCCACCAACCAGUCACAGACACAACCAAGUCAAACUAUCCCUUCUUCAUCUAAGGGACCAACAACAAACUGUGGGGUACCCCCAGCCACCAGCCAGUCACAACCAAGUGAGACUAUUCCUUCUUCACUUAACGGACCAACAACAGAAUGUGGGGUAGGCCUCGCUCCAGGGAAGCCAUCUUCAUCGACUGUACCCUCCACAAAAAGCAGCAACAAAAAGAACAAGUUUUCCUUUUUUCGAUCGAAAUCGAAGCACGCUCGAGAAGGACCAAAACAAAGGCGUCUUUCCAAAAGACGGAAUACCAUAAGACCUCUAUAAAGAGAUCCAUUAUAUGGCAUUGCUCAAAACUACUAAUUACUGGAAAGUUUGGUUUAAAAAUCAGUGUCAUUAAUGAAAGGCCAAGAAACCCCUGCCUAAUAAUAUACAAGAGCUGAAAUGGCAAUAUCAAUUUCGGAAUGUAAACAAACUCAAGCCAAACAAAAAGAAAAGAGGCAUUCUCUAUAUUCACAUCCCCAUAAUGCCUUACGUCUUUGGGGGGUAACCAAUCAAAAAACUGUCCCAAAUUGAAAGGUUUCUUAACUGAA